AUGUGUAUACUUGGCGUAAAAAAGGACAAGUAUCAUAAUGACUGCGUGGUAGCGUUAGCCGUAUUUGGGCUGUUUUUUGUAUUCACUUUGAUCUUGUAGGUUUAUGUUGAACAUCUUUUUUUCGUUAUUCUUUGAUAGCGAUACAAUAGAACCUCAGCACAAACAAUCUUUCGUGAAACGAAACCAUCCCAAUACCAUAAUUUUUUGGGGCCCAAGAGCCAGUUUUAGGCCAAAACAAACCCCCGGAAAACGAAAAACUCACCUAAAAAAUAUACUUUUUUUAAACUUUUUGGAGCCUUGCGAGUGCAGGGGUUCGAUUGCAAUAUCAUGUUUCUUACAUACUUAGCUGAUGACAGCCAGGUUCCUACCCAACAUUUUUAGGGCCGCCAUAAUGAUCAUUUUCAUAUCCACCGGCGAAGCAAUCCGUGGCCUAAAUGAAGAAGCCUUGGCCAAGAAUCCACUGCUUAAACUUGUAAACAUCCAUUAUGAAUCCGUUGUUGGCGAUGAAUUCUUGAAAGGUCAUGAAGAAGAAGCCGAAGAAAUGAAACGCUAUAAAAUUCGGAUUACCCAUUUAGUCGUGAUUGGACUAAUUCAGAAUUCAACUUUGUUGGAAGAGGAUGUGAAGACGGGCGAGUGCAAAUUGGUCUGCGAACGUACGUUUUAUACAGUCUAGCUCAUUUUUAAAAACUUUCUCUUGACUGACUUCACUACAACUUCAGAAUUUGACGAAAUCUUCAAGGCUUCUCUUGGGAACCUUUACAGAACAAAACAAUCCGCAUUUCCAGAAGCUCUGAAGAAAUUAGAAAAACAGGCCCAAAAAGUAGUUCAGAAGACCAUUUACUCCAUCUUUCACAAAAACGAUACUACAACGCUGUUGGCGGCCAAGGAGUUGUCUACAAAUCAAGCGCUUCUUCGUCCUGCAUACCGCUUCUUUAUUCCUGAAAUAAACUGA